ACCACAAGCUUUCUCCUCCCUCGGCUGGUUGGGUUGGUUGGUUGUAGCGUAGCCUCUGUCCUCUCUCCUCUCGGGGGUUCGGUCGUCGGUGAUGGAGAGGAAGGAGGGCGGGGAGAAGAUGGAGGAGGUGGAGGUGGGCGUCGGCGGGAAGAAGCCGGAGGAGGGGACCAAGCCGGCGCCGGUGUGCUUCAAGAAGCCGGCGGGCGAGGACACCGGCAUCCUGGAGACCACCAAGGACUACUUCAAGCAGCUCGGGAACACCAGCGCCGACACGCACUGGGACUGCAUCAAGAACAGGGUCCGCGCCGCCGGCGAGUACAUCUCCAACAAGACCAGCUCGGUGUUUGGCAGGCAGAAGGUGGAGCCUGAGGCCAAGGAGGAGACCCGGGGGGCGAAGCCAGAAGCAGCACCGGCGGCAGCUGAGUCUCAGUGAAGGCGUCCUGAGCUCGUGAUCGUCUUCCAUGAACCAACCUGAAGCUUCAUUCACUGAGAGUUGCGAGGUCUUAUCAGCCUAAGAGUUUUUCUUUUUCUCUUUGUCCUUCUGUUCGCCUAGUUGGGACAUGGUUUGCCUGAGCGAUUCCGCAUUGUAAGACCCGUUCCUAGCUGUGGAUCUUAGUCCGGUUGGUGCCGCCGUCAUUUGCGGUGCGUUUUGGUGACAUUUGUUUGUCCUAUCACCUAUGCUUCAUUUUGUCGUAUGGAAUGGAAGAUCAUAUGAUCAUGCAGCCUA